AUGAAGAGAAAGAGAAGGCCGAGGGAGCAACAGGCGGUAUAGACUAGAGUAGGGUUGAGUUCAGUCAGUGUGCACCUUCAAGUGGUGGCGGUAGGCAGCGAGUGGGGCCCCGGGAACACAGUAUAGCUUGCCUUGGCUUGUGUCUAGUGCUUGUGUGUGUGACGCCUCUUGCUUCACGCCCUACAUUUGGGAUUUUGAAGUACUGCCUGCCUGUCUGUCUAGUACCUCCACCCCAGGUCUUCUUCAUAUUCGAAAUAUAUUGGAUUACCACCACCACUACUACUACCACCACUACUACCACUACCACCUCGUCGGACUCGAAUCGAAAAAAUGUCGAGGAUGCGCGAAUACAAGAUUGUAGUGCUGGGGUCGGGAGGUGUUGGUAAAUCAGCCCUCACAGUUCAGUUUGUGCAGGGCAUCUUUGUGGAGAAGUAUGACCCCACCAUUGAGGACUCGUACCGGAAACAGGUGGAGGUAGAUGGAUCACAGUGCAUGCUGGAGAUCCUCGACACGGCUGGAACAGAACAAUUCACUGCCAUGCGGGAUCUCUACAUGAAGAAUGGCCAAGGGUUUGUCCUGGUGUACAGCAUCACGGCACAGAGCACUUUCAACGACCUCCAGGACCUCCGCGAACAGAUCCUCAGAGUCAAGGACACUGAAGAUGUCCCCAUGAUCCUGGUCGGCAACAAGUGUGAUCUGGAGGAUGAACGUGUCGUGGGGAAGGACCAAGGAGUGAACCUGGCCAAGAACUUCAACUGCGCCUUCCUCGAGUCAUCGGCUAAGGCCAAAAUAAAUGUGAACGAGAUCUUCUAUGACCUGGUACGGCAGAUUAACCGGAAGUCACCCAUCAACACUAAGAUUAACAAGAAGUCCAGGCCAUGCUGUCUCUUAUAAGGCUGUGUGUGAUGUCUCUCCUUUUUAUUUGAAUAGGAAGGUCUAUUAGGGAUGUUAUGCCUUCAUCCUCUCAGGUGAUCACGUGGUUUUUGUUCUACUGUCAGGACGUGCUGCAGACUGACUGACUGAUCAUUCCUAGACUUGUAGUGUACUUACAUAUUUGCCAUCAGGGAUGGGAACUGCCUUGGAGAUGAUGCACAUGGCUACUGCUGUAAGUAGUAAGUGAUUCAAGCAUAAUUUGUUGGUUACCUGUGUAAGGAAGGCUCUAUCUAUAUUUCUCUAGUUACUGCAGACCAUGUUCAUCAGAUGCUUACUUGUGCAUGUCCUCUCAGUAGAAUGAAAAUCAAAGGGUGGGAAAAAUGUUUAAAAAAAAAAAAAAGGCUGGUGCCACUUGUGAAAUGUUUCUUUGCACACCAAUAUGAUGAUGAAGAAGGCUUGUUUGUGUAUUUAGCAGAGAAGGUUGGUUGGGGGUGACUGACUGACUUGGUGAGGAAACAUAUUUGAGACGACAACUCUAAAACACUAACCAAUCAUUAUUUUGGAGCUGUUGUUCAUUAUAUUCAGAGGUAAAUGCAUGUGUGUAUAUGUGUGCACGCGCAUAUGUGUGUGUUUGGGUAUUCAGUUGGCUAAAGCAAGGCACCAGGUUGGUUGGCUGACUCUUUGUCGAGAGCAAUGGGAGGAAUAUGAUGUUGGCAUAACUGUUGUAAACUUUAUUUUUUUAUUUCUUAGUCUCUCAUCAUGAUGCAGAACACUACUACACUAGAUGAUAAAUGAAAAAGUACCAUUUCCAAAGUUAUCCUAGUCUAUUUUUUUGCACAAAAUUGUGAAAUCCUUACUACUAGAUAUGUGUCAAUAAAAACCUAAAAACAUCAUUAUCACCUUCAUAUCGAGAGAGCGAGCGAGAGAGAGAGAGAGACUUUCCAGUUUCCAUCCCACUGUACGUUUUCAUAACAUUUGUAAAAUAGGCGUGAAAGACAAAAAGUUUGUAUGAGGUCUAACCGGAUGAAAUCUUAUGCCAUUUAUUUGCAUUACUGAGAAGUCUUUUGUACCUUUAGUAGCAAAUAGUUUAUAUAUUACCUUUAAGAUUCUGCUGCGCACAAGAUGCUUUAUGAAAACAACUAAGAGUUAUGGAAGAAUUCUUUAAAGUGAAGAAGUGCAGACUGACUUAUGAUAUUUUGGUAGUGUGCCAGUACAGGGAAGGAUCUGGCAUGGAUGUAAUAUUGAUUGAUCCACUUAAAACAUCUACAAGUUAAUUCCCUGCCACCUUGAUUCAUGGAGAGGGGGGGGGUUUACAUCUCAAUAACUUUGGCUUAUAACAUAUUUGAAAAGUCAUCUGGCUGUUACCUACUCUAACCAGAACAAAAGCAAGCCCAGCUAAGACACAAGAUCCAUAUAAACACCAUCAAUAGAUAAUUCCUCCAGCACCUUGUUUUACUGAAGGGAGGGAUCCAUCAAUAAUUUUUGCCUGGGACAUUGGAUUGACAUGUUAUGAGGGACAUUUCAGUCCAAGCCCAGGCCUGACUAAAGUAAAGCAAAGAUGAGUGGCUAUUACAUUGGCACUUUUUCCCUAUUUGUGAGUGGUACUGUAUCCUUGCACACUUUAUAUGCACUUCCCCAGAAGAACACUAUUUCCCUACUACUCAUCUUCUUGAAAACUGUGUGACCUUACAAGACAAGACUAAGAGAAGUGAGUUGGGGAUCUAUCUCUUGGCUGACAAGGGAGGGAGAAAGAAAGCAUAACAGGGGAUUAGCCAUUCAUUCAUUCAUUGCAGAUGUGUUUGUUUUUCUCAUCUUGUUUAAAAUAUUUCAGUGUUGCGUCUUGGUAAUGCCUGCUGCAGUUUGAUGUGAUGUGAUGAUGUUGUGUGCUAAGUACAUAAGUGUAUAUCUGAUUUUUUGCUCUGCUGUCAAAAAAUCUUGCCUCAAAAAAAAAUUUAUAAAAAGGAAAAAAAAGUCCCCUAGAGAAAAAAACAAGGGCUAAUGUAUAUAUAUAUAUCAACCUUGUUCUCUAUGUAGUUAAUUAAUAAUAAUAUGCAGUUGGUGUAUUCAUCAUCACUGUUACAUAUAUAUUUUUCUGAUGAGGCAAAGGAUGAGUCUUGUGAGAGAGAGAGAGAGAGAGAGAGAGAGAGAGAGAGAGAGAGAGAGAGAGAGAGAGAGAGCAGAAACUCUUUACUAUGAAUGAAUGUUUCCUGAUACGAGAACUGCAUUUAUAUGGCCCCUCUAUGUACCACUGCCUUGUUUUACUGCAUACUACAUCUACAUACUAUCAUUGCAAACUACUAUGUUAAGUGGUGAAUGAUGAUGCAAUUCAGUGCUUCAUAAUAUUGCUAUUUACCAAUGACAUUUGAAUUUUUCUUGUAUACACAUUGUUUUCUACUGACCUGAAUGUCACUUAUGUAAUUUAGGAAUAUCAAAAAAGAAAAAAAAUUGCCCUAGAGCAAGUAAGAAAUUAUUUCAUGUUGUAUGGUUCAAAACUAAUUGUGAUCAUAUGCAUUUUUAACUUUUAUUACUCUAGGGUUGUUUUAACAUGAUACCAUUGGCUAGUAAUCCAUAAGACUAUUAGCGGCUUUAUAAUAAACUAUUGGAGAAAGCUUUACCAUUUGUUUUCAGUAUGAUGAAAUUAAAUAUAUAUCGUGUACAUUGUUU